AUGCCUCAAUUGGAAGAGAUAGACGAUGUUGAAGACAUAGAUAAUAUGGAUAUGGAUCUAGCCGAGCUGGAUCCGACUCUCAGAACUCCAGUAGCGCCUAAAAUCAUUCCAACGGUUGUGAGAAGUCAGGACACCGAGAUGGCCAUGACAGGCCAGUCCAUGGCACCACAAGUCAGUGAUUCGGUUUACGAGUCUAAACAACCCAAAGUUGCGCAAUUUUCCAAGCAAGAAAUGGAAGAAUUGAAGACUUUCCAGAUUCUCUACCCAUGUUAUUUCGACAAGAAUAGAUCCCACAAGCAAGGUCGACGUGUACCAGCAGAGCUUGGAGUCGAUAACCCACUUGCGAAAAGAAUUGCAGAUGCUGUGAUUGGGCUCGGGUUGCUGUGCGUGUUCGAAGGUGAAAAGAGUCAUCCACAGGAUUUUGGGAACCCGGGUAGGGUGCGUGUGUUACUAAAAGAGGACAAAAAAGCAGUACAACAUGCUACAAUACCGAACAAGCGAGUUCUUAUGAAAAAGGUAGCAGAGUACUUGCAAAACCAUCCCACGACUUUGGAGGCGCUCAAAGAAAUACCUUACGGCCCAGAUUUCCAAGGCUGGGAACCCAGACAAAUCCCCAAAGUUAAGGGAUUUGUUAUGAACGAUAUAGUGCCUUUGCAUAGUGCUUUCAGUAUGGGCCACCCGAUGACAAAAUCUGUUUAUGAUGCACCUACACCAGCACCUGCCAUGCCCGAAAAACAAAUCAAACCACCCAAGAACAAAUACAAAGUUGUGAGAAGGUGA